AUGAUCUGCGCAACAAUGUUUGCUUCUUCCCAUCCGAAAACAAGUGUAGCAAGAGAAGCAAAUACUUUGGAGGAUCGUAUUAGCCAGUUGCCAGAUGAAAUUCUUGUCUCCAUCUUGAGUCGCUUAACAGUGAUCGAAGCUGUAAGUGCUAGUCUUCUAUCACGUAUAUGGAGCUAUUUAUGGACAUAUAUCCCAGUUUUGAACUUUGAUGAUUCCAAGAGGUUGCAUGAUUUGAAACUGGGAUGCAAGUCACUUAAAAAGGAAGCUCACAAGUACGUGAGUUUUGUAAAUCAAGUCUUGAAUUCAUAUCAGGGUCCCUCCAUAGAACUAUUCAGAGUUCAUUUUCUUUUGGGUGCAAGUUCCGCAAAAGAUAUCGAUAAGUGGAUUAAUUUUGCAAUUGAAAAGAGAGUUCAAAGGCUCGAGUUGGAUUUGUCAGAUUACAUGGGAGGUGGUAGAAAUAAGUGUUACACUUUUCCACGGAUGUCUGUAAGGAAAUUGCAAUCAGAUAUCCAUGUCACCCUAUCGCUUUUUCCAAAUUUGAUUCCUUAA